AGCGAUUGGCUGAAAUACAGCCGUAAAGCACUUCAACAUUGAGGCUGUUGUAGAGUUGUAGCUAACAGUAAACAGAGAUUUUCUAAUAAAGACAAUAAUUUAAGCGGAGGCAUUUUAUGUGACGUUUUGGUGGUUUGGUAACGAUUAAUUACAAUGGCGGAAAAGUUCGAUAACCUCGAAGAACACCUGGAGAAGUUUAUCGAGAAUAUUCGACAGCUGGGAAUCAUCGUGAGCGACUUUCAGCCUAGCAGCCAGGCAGGACUCAACCAAAAACUAAAUUUCAUGAUAUCUGGGCUCCAGGACAUCGAGAAGUGCCGUCAGCAGCUUCAUGAGAUCAACGUACCCCUGGAGGUCUUUGAAUAUAUUGACCAAGGUCGGAACCCUCAGCUGUACACCAAGGAGUGUCUGGAGAGAGCCUUGGCGAGGAACGAGCAGGUCAAAGGGAAGAUAGACACUUUGACGAAGUUCAAGAGCCUUUUGGUUUCCGAGCUCAGCAAAGUUUUUCCAGAGGAGAUGGCCAAGUAUAAGGCUAUACACGGAGAAGAUGCCCCCUCCUAGUGACUACUGUACCAUGCCAACCCCCUCCUCCGACCUCCGACCUGUGACUGUUGAGAUGAAAAGCCGGAGUGAAGUUUUACCAUGCAGAAUGUGGCUGCCCGCAUGAAUGCUAAUUGUUACUUUAUGUAUGAUGUGAUGCUGUCGCCGAUCCCGAAGGAGAGGGUGUAAUUUUCGCUCAGCACCUUGAUUCAGCCAUUCCCCGUCCUUUCCUUACAUUUAAACUUCACGUUACACCUCGAGUUACAAAUCAAAGGCAAGGGGAAAAGAAUCAGUUGCUGCAAAGGUACACAUUUAUUCUGAAGCCUAAUAUUUUUCCAGGAAAAAUAAACACACUUCCAAACCUCCUGCCUGACUCUGCUUUAGGGAAUUUAUCCCAUCAGAUGUACAUACAGUCUAUUUAUACUCCAACUCUCUAUGUUUUACAAUGCUUCCUAAACAUUGUUCAACAUCUCUUUGUACACACAGUUCAUAAUGAUUUGUAUUAAGCUCAGGUUUCUACUUGCCGCGAUAACUGAAUGCAAAUGCAAGGUAAUUCUGUGCCCGAUCACUGAGGAUGGUCAGAAAUGAGUCUGCUCUGUAUUUGUAACUUUGUAUGAUAAAAUUUGUAAAUAAAUGAUCCUUUUGGA